AUGACAGCAAACGCCGGUUCUUGGGGUGUACGAUGCCGGAUGCAAAGCGUGGCGCACAUGGAAAAACACCUCCCGGGGGUCCUUCAAAACCGCGGGAGACCCACUCGGCUUGGCGACGACGGGGUGGGGGCGGGGGGCAGCGGGUACAGCAACGCUGCCUCAAAUGACACCGAGGAUGGCGAGCCCGCACCCACACCACGCGUCUUCUUGCCGGCGUUGGCACACCUCGGCAGCAACGGCGCAAGUACCACCGUCGAAGCACCGCAAGUUUCUCUACCUGUUCCACCAAAGAGAGACAGCAAAGUCGACGUGUAUGCCCUCAAGGCUGCUGCCCAGGGCGAUCGUGUGCAGAGCCAAGUAAACGUCUACGACCUUCUGCACGCGUCCGCCGAAACACAGGGGCCAGUACCGAAGGCCGUUAACUUGGCGGCCACGAGAGCUGUGGCAGCUCUCGGGAAGGCAGGAAUCCGGGUGAACUCCUUGUUGGAGGUCCUCAUUUUCACGUACGUCUGGCUCCGAAACAUCGCCGAAGAUGAACCAGGCAUGCUUGAGGUAGGGGCUACCGGGUGGACCCUACGAAGGCCUUCCCACGGAGUAGUGCCUGUCGGGACCACCGCUGAGAGCGUGGACGCAGUCAGCACUAGUGACGCCGAAAAGCACUUGCUGGAAGUGCUGGUGGUUGCGCGCGGGGCCAGGAAUGGAAAGGGUGCAUGCUUGCCGGAUUGGUUUGGUGCGGGGGAUUUCGUGGACGGUGAUACUUCAACCCUCUGUGCUACCCAGGUGGACGGGUUGCAUGCAUACGCGGCGGCAAAGACAAAGUUCAUUGUCGACGGAGUACAGCCGAUUGGCGAGAAAGAGCGCAAUAUCGCAGAGAGUGCCAUUCGCUGCGGCAUCGGGUGUGGAGACGGUAUGCACUCUAUCAUGGUCCUUCAGAUUGCACUGGCGGUGGACGUCCCCCCUCGUGAGAGCGCGAAGAACUUCGAGGUGGCCGGGUACGAUUGCGUCUGGCAUGACACCACCUUCGACGACAAGUCGUCCGAGCACGCCAAAUAUAAAAUGUGGCAGUCGGGGAUAUUGUGGGCCCAGACGCACCUCACGAGAAGAACCACAGCAAGGAGUGCCAGCAACAGUGGUUUCACGACGUGUGAUGAGCUUGCCGGGAUCAACCUGAACCCGCACGAACAGGACCAUUCGAAGAAGGCGUUGUGCCUUCGAUCGCUCAAUACCAUGACAUUUUCCAACUUCACUUUCGCGCUAAGGGUGAUCAACGAGCGCCAAGACCAGGGGUUCAACAGAAAAACCCUGAGGACGCUUUUAGCAAGUAUCACGGAACACCCAAAAGAUAGCUUUGCUGGCUGUGAAGCCACCCUAUGGAGGUGCGGCAGGUGCUUUUGCCGGAAGCCCGUCAUGCGCGUAUUCGACUGCCUGGGGAGGGUGGACAUUGUCAUGCUUGCUACGGUGCUGGGGUCGACCGCUUGAGCAUUUGCAGAAUGGGGGAAAACAUGGUAGGGUAUUGUUCACGUUGGGAUUGUGCCUGAAGAGUUGGAGGUGGGUGAAAGUCAGAAAGGUAUCCGAUUGAUAGUUCGGCCAGGCAGGCGUUUUGUAAUUUGUCGCGUGGGACGUAGUGAUUUGGUGGACGUGCAAGGUGCAUAUGCGAGUGCCACCACUUUCCGCUUAGCGUGUACUCCACAGCCGGUUUCGUGUGUUUGCGGAUUUCAACCCGUGUUUAGGGCGGGUGAUGCACAUGGUGGUGAUCCAAUGACGUCUUUCAGGGCACACGCCCGUUGUGUACAAUUGUAGAUUCAGUUUGAGAUGGUCUGGUGUUGUUUUGCCUUGUUGGGCCCGUGGUGUGCGUGUCGGUCCCCGACGCAGCGAUGCAUGGUGCAGCGAGAGUGCUUCUUAGGAGCUGAAAUUUCGAGCAUUCUUGUCCUCCUCUGCCUGUGGCUUCUGUUUCGCGUGCAUGCUGGAUUGUACUGUGAACCGGGCCUACACCAGGGGCUAGGCCACAACGCUUCUGGUGUGCGUAUGUUCACAUGAUAUAUUCUUCAGGGUUGUCGUUGGUGAUACAGCGGGACAUUUGCACUCGAAAAGGUGUGAAACAAAACUUUUGCACUCACCACGUGUAAAAAAUGACGUGGUCAACAAACACCGGCGUUGUUGUGAUUGUCGGAAAUGCGCCGUAAGGGUACCCAACUCAGGUUGGACAUCCACAAUAAGCCAAGAUCUCUGCUUUCUCGACUCGUCCAGAUAGUCGGUGGGCACGAAUACUACUGUUUUUCUGGGUAACGUCGACCGGAACACGUUGGAAACGGGCGCGUCCCCACCCGCGAGUGGGGGACACGGGGGGCAUCGAAAAACAUUUCGGCAUUUUUUCGGAUUGAGAUGGCACCCGAACGCGUACCGCGUGAUGAGUAUGAGUGCCGGGCCCGAUCCGUCUUUUUCCACACCGGU